UUUGCAGCAGCAACAUCAAUGGUGGACAAAUUCACCAAUUUGCACUGCAUUUGUCCGAGAAUGUGUGUGCUGUGAAGGGCCCGUAUUCCGCUUGUGUGUUUUCUAGUGUUUCUUUGUGCAUCGGAGCGUAUGUGGAUUUAGCCCGUUUUUCCUCGUUGUUCGUAUGUUGGUUCCCCAGCUUUGCUGACCGUGAAGGAAGGGAGUUGUCAGUGGUGUGAAAAAAAGCAUAAUAAAAUAGUUUCACGUUCACAUAUCAUCUCGGAGGAUGGAAAAGAAAAUAAGUGCAAUCUGAUGAAGCAAUAGAUUCGCUUCGUGUCCGUGUAUAGUGUGUGCGUGUGUGUGUGUGUGUUUGUGCCUGGUGUGUCUUGCAAAAAGAAGGCAAAUCCCAAGGCAAAGUGCAUCUCAAAGAAUGCGUGAUGCAUUAGAUGUGAAUCGUCGUUUUGUGUGCUAUCAAUUCUGCUAGAAGCUGGUCUUGUUGCUGGUAAGGUGUGUCUUGUUGUGCGUGUACGUGCGUGUGUGCAGUGCACUCGAGAGUAGUACGCGCUCGUUUGCUGUGCUAGUAGGCUACGCUACUACCAAACGGUGAACGAGGCUCGUAGUAGCCAGACUACCCUUGACAUCCCGCGGAUCUUCGGAGUGACAUGAACUCCCGAAUAAAGGAGGAUGUCAGCCGACUGUUUGAGUUUUGGUGCGAGAUUGCUCCCGGCAAGCCAGACGACCCCGCGCCGGGCUACAUCGUGGAAAGCUUCCCAGAGUCGUUCAAGGAUGCGAAGGUUAUAGCUGACAUUCCCGCGUUUGCGUUCCCGUGCGCCUUCGAGAGCCGAACCAUUCAGGUACACUCGUUCGUCCUGACAAACAUCGACUCAAAAUGGCGAUUCGGCUUCUGUCGGCACGACCCGAAAUCACCCACAGCAAUGGUGAUCAUCACGUACCUGCCCUGGCACGAUACGUUCAUGCGCUUCCUCAACGUGCUGGCCGAAAUCAAGAAGAACCGCUCGAACGAGUUCCAAUCGUUCCUUGCCGAGUCGUACAACAAGGGCGUACCGGAGCCGGGUGCCUGUCUGAAGCUGCACUACGAUCGGGCCUCGCAAACGUUCCUGUUCCAACGGCCACAGCAGUUCCAGCUGCCCAGUAUUCCGGAGAACCACAAUCUCAACCAGUACUACAACUUUGUGGAGCCGAAGUUCAUGAUAGGAAUAUUCGCCGCGAUGCUGGCAGAGCGGCGCAUCAUCUUCGUGUCCCGGCGGCUAGAAAUACUGUCCUCGUGCGUCCAGGCGGCCAACGCUUUCCUAUACCCGAUGGUCUGGCAGCACAUCUUCAUACCGGUGCUGCCGAUGCAGAUGAAGGACAUCCUGGCGGCGCCGAUGCCGUUCCUGAUCGGCGUGCCGGAGGCGGUCUACGAGACGCUGCGCCGGGAGGAGAUCGGCGAGGUCGUCAUCCUGAACUGUGAUAAGCGAACGCUCGAAACGCCGUUCGACGACGUGAAGAGUAUGCCCCAGGAGCUGGUCGGAUCGCUCAAGAAGCAGCUGUCCAACCAGGCCGACCAUCGGGGCGACCGGGUUUCAAAGAUAUUUCUAGGUAUUCUAGUGCAAUUAAUUGGCGGUUACCGCGAUGCGGUAAAGUUUAACGAUAAAAUAACCUUCGACCCCGAAACGUUCAUCGAGUCCCGGCCGUCGCAUUUGCGGCCCUUCCUGGAAAAAAUACUGGACCUUCAAAUCUUUCAGCAGUUUAUUGAAGAACGCCUGGACAUGCUGAACACCGGGCAGGGCUUUUCGGACGAGUUCGAGGUGGAAUACUUCCGGUACGCGGAAAAGUCGGGCCGAAAGACGAAACAGUACAAGGAUCUGUUGAAGAACUUCAAGGAUAAGACUAAUCCGGCUGUUCGAUCGGCGGUCAAAUCGGUGAAAGAAGGCGGCAAAGGUGUCAAGACGGCGUACAAAGGUUUACGGUCCAAGUUCCGCGAAACGACCCCACCGAAGACGAAGCUGGACAGUAGCAGUAGCUUACACCUGCACCAUCAGUACGACGUUAGCGGAGGGCAUCACCAGUCGGCCCCGAACUCACCGGUAUUCAACAAGCGUCCACAGACGAUCGCCCUCCCGGACGACGUGUACCACACACACCACCAUCAUCCGCAUCAGAUGCUAACGCCGUCGUCGACAUCGCUGCACAACUCACCACAUAUCCUGCUGGGCGGGAGCCAUCACCAUCAGCAUCACGCGUCCCUGCCGCAAACGAACGGCGGAGGAGGGGGCAGUGCCGGCAACAGUAGUAGUGCCGGCUAUCACACUGCAUCGGCCGCGAUGACGCACAGUGCAAGCAGUGCUGCUGGCAGCACCAGCCACAUGAUGAUGAUGAACAAUAACCUCAACUAUGGCCACGGAAACGCUCACGGUGGCAGCAAUAACAAUAACUACAACAGUGCGGCCACGAUGGCCAGCAGUAGCGCGAGCGACAUCCGGAGUCCCACGCUUAGCCCGACCAGCUCGAACUCCUCGUCGGAGAUGAACCUGUGGCAGGAGAUGCAGCACCACCUGACGCUGUUCAAGUCACCGGCCGUGAACCGGAAUCUUAAACCAUCGAACAGUGUCGACGGUGGUGGCAGCAACUCGGGCGGCAGCAGACCAUCGUCCCGUGCGGGAGCACCGGUCAGUCCGCCCGGCUCGAACGGUGGUACCGCGUUGCCGCGGAUACAGGAAUCGGUGGGCCCACCAGCGCCAUCGUCUGCCUCCCAUCCCCUGCUCAGCCUGGAGCUGGAUCGGGGUGGUGGCAGCAGCUCGUCGUCGAGAGCUGCCACGGCCGGAGUGCGUGCGUACGGCAGUUGCAACAAUAACGGAGAGCUAAACGGGCUCUCCGGCGAUGGCGAUCAGGCGAACUUCGAUCUCUCCCCGGAUGCACCCUGCCCGCCGAUACCGCCACGACGCUUCCAGUCCGCGGCCGACGCACUGGCUGCGAUCCAAAUCUCACCACCGCCAAUGUCCCCUCCAUCGUCUUCCUCGUCGAGUUCGUCCCCGUAUCGUACCUACAACAACUUUGUACCUCUCCAACCGAAGCCAAAGUCCGCCACCUUCGCCUCGCCCUCGAGCAUAGACCAGUCUCCACCGCUUCCUUCUCCCCCGCCACCGCCUCCGCUUAAAGCUACUAGUGCGCUCGGAACGGCUGGCCGACGUAAGGAGGAGGAUGUGUUGCUUCCUCUUAAUGACGAGGACGACGAUCAGCUGCUUACGCUCACAACGACCACGACGACGACGACGGCGCCGGCGGUGGCAGCAUCGGCGGCCAAAGCAUCAACGAAUGGUGGUGCACACGUGGUAACCACCACCACCACCACCAGCGUGUCCAUGACGUUUGAUCAUGGGACAAAACAAAGCAACCACCACCACCACAACCAGCAACCGCAUAUAAUGCCUCCGUCGGUCGGGCCGGCGGCCUCCGCCGCUACCACGUCGGCACCGGCGCCGCCACAGCCACAGCAUGCUUAUACCUUGCCACAUCCACCGAAGGCGCAAGCGCCCCAGCCACCGCAGCGGCCACCGCUUGCCCCGAAGCCCACCUUCCGCAAAGAGUCCGCAAACGGUGAUACACCCGACCACGGCAGCACACCACCUCCCACGGCGACCGAUGAUUCCCUAGACCUAAUCACGCUGGACACGACCAACAACUCCAGCUUCGAGCUGGAGGACUUCGAUCCGCUCAAUGAACGGGCCAAACCGAUCGGCGGCCCGAAAGGCGGUGGUGCCGGCGUGACAGUGCAUGACACUUCCAGCUCCGCACUAACCACCUCCAGCUAUUCUUCGUCUGGCUUGGCCGCCACUGCAUCACGCGGGGUCACGGUACCCACCGUUUCGUUUCCCACAAACAGCCUCGGUGUUAAUAAUCCAGUUUAUCCCUACUUCACGCCCCUUUACCAACAAAACGUCUCCCCGCACCGUCAUCAUUCUGCUUCGCACCAACAUCACCAUCCGUCGGCACGGCAAGGGACGGGAAUCGGCACCGCCGCUGGUGCUGGUACUGGUGCCGGUCCGCGCGCUAGCAACACGUCGGACGACUUCGAGCUGCUGCGAAACUAUGGUCUAGAUAAGUUCUCCCUGUUGGACGGUGGAAGCACUGCGAGGGCGAAUGCACUGCACAUGAACGGUGGUAGCACGGGCAGCAAGGGCAUUCAGCAUCACCAUACGGGAUCGUUCAAUCUUCCCAACCAUCAACAGGGUUCCGCGGGACUCAAUGGAACGGGGGGAAGCUGUAGCAGCAGCCGGCUCGCCAUGUCAACAAGCGCAGUCGCCGGCAGUAGUAUUGGGACGGAGCUCCUGGAAAAUGCUGCCAUCGGUCGGCCCUCGUCUGGGUCGAGACCGUCCUUCAGCAACUGGACCACGUUCGAUUGAUUAAUGAUUCACUUUAGGGUCACAGCAAUCGUAUACGGAAGAGUUGGUAUCAGUCGAUCGAUAACGGAACAUUAUUAGCUGGCGUACGGAGUAGAAUAGAAUUAGCGAAAAUACACUAUGUAUCGGAAAAGUCCAAAUCAAAUCAAACCAAUCAUCAGCAGUAAAGAAAAUAAGAGCGAUAAAGUUGAGUCAAUGCUUAGGCCAUAUUAUCUUUAGGUCGGUUAUCAUACAGCAUAGUGGAGCCAAUUUCCCCCCCUUUGUGUACUACGUAAUUUAACGUUUCAGACAGUUUUCCUUGUGUGUUUUCGGUUUGCCAGUUGCUCGAGACGCUAUAAUUUACAGAGUUCCAAUAUCAGCAAAAGCGUAUCUAAAUUAAAAAAAAAAUGUUUGGAAUAAAGUAGUCUAAAGCGCGAUCGUAUAACGAUUAGAAAAGCAGUGAACAACGUAUAUUAACGCAAAUGCAUACUCAUACUUGAUAGAGCGUGAAGCGAGGCAGUACAGUUAUUCGGUGAAAGUAAUGCAUCAAUGGCAAUACGCGCGUUAUGUGCAAGCGCCAACCAAAUAAACAAAUCCAAUAUAAACAUGAGUCACAAAAAGCACAAAGAAUAUUACGCAUAAUUCGUUCUAGCUAAUAACGUGCGUAGUGUGUAUAAAAGAAUAUGUGGGAACGCCAACAAAUGAACCAAUAACGCUCAAGGAUGUACAGUUAAUCGAUGGUUAAAGAUGGCUAACGCAUACAUCGGUAUGGAACCCCGAGAAAACCCCGUAUGUAUCGUCUUCACGUUAACAGUUAAGCAUACGAGGUAUUGCGAUAAUUUUGCUUUUAAUUUAUCUAAGUUUUUCCAUAACAAAAAAGUGUGGAACUACAGCGUACACCAAUAAAAACUAGCACAGAGAACUAGAUAAUCACACUGAAUGGUGAAGAUACCAUUUUGUAGUUGCGUGCAAAUCCUCCUACCGAGGAUCCGACCGCAUUUGCAAGCCACUUUUGUCUCCCGGACCCAACCCCCGAUGGGCGUUGAUGGCAAAUGAACUUUCUACUUCCCCGAGCGUGUAGCGGUUUAAAACGAUUAUAAAUAACCAAUUGGAACCAGCAGACGAUCAAUCGUACUAUGAUAGAUAAACCAAAUAUUGAACAUAUAUCUAAUGGACGGCCGGUUCGCAAACGACCAACCGUAUGCCGUAAUCAAAUUAAGAAAACUGCGCUAAAGUGAUAACACGUAAGAUUAAUAGUCAAAGUGUAUGGAGGAAAAGUUAGUGUUUUUUUGUUUGUUUUACAAAAUAAUUUGCCAAUCGAAAGCAUGGAAAUGCGGAAAACACGGUACGCUGCUCAAACUAUGGUAUUCUUAAGCGUAUGUAAUUAUUUAUGAACCACUGGACACACCGAGUUUGCUCUCUUGACUUUUACUCACAUCACGAUUCCAAGCCGAUUAUCGUUGGGUGGUAGAUAGUCGCUUGUCGCUUUCUACGCCAUAUUCGGCUUCGGGAUUUUACUUCUCGCGCAAACGAGGUUUUAAAGUUUUUAAAUGCUGAUAAUAUGUUACGUUUUAUAAUCAACUCGGCUAGAGUAAAGAAUGACCAAUGGGGCGAGGCGAGCAGUGCACAUAAUAAUGGCUCGUGUUUUUUGGUAUGCAUCUCACUGCAUGAUGCUGGACGAAACGGGGAAUCGGAGGAAUGGAUAUAAAUUUUAGCUAAGAAAGGAACGAUUGUAAUAAAAAAAAUUAUCAACCUUGCAUAAUACAACCAAAACCAAUCUCGUAUCAGGAAUGAAUGCUCUCCGAUGAGAACGGAAAUAAUAAGCAUCAGUUAAAUGUGACACAUGAUAUAAUCUUGACCCGAUGUAAGCCAGAACAAAGCGUAAUGUUGUUUUAAGAAACGUUGAUAUCAAUUAAUUAAGCGCAUAAAAUUAUCCAAAUCAACAAACAUAUGGAGCAAUGCAAUUUGAACUCAUCACAUAAACAACCGGCUUACGGAAAAGGGUAAAACUUUAAAGCAAAUCAUAAAUAUCGAGUUGGAGAGUCAUAAAUUACACCCCGUUGUGCGAAGUUGGCAAGUAGGAUGCGUUUAUGGAACGGUAAAAAAUUAUCACUACACUAUAACAGACCUUAUUGAUUUGCAUUACCGCUAUUUACCCAAUUUUACCUUUACAUUCUUAAAAAAACAUUUGCGAAACCAACCACAACUAAUUUUACAAAUGGCAUUUUGCUCAACACCUCCACA